UCAUCAUAUGUGUCAUCAUACACCUUUGCUUCUUCACCUCCCCUCUCCCUCCCAGUCCCUCCUCCUUUAUCUCUCUCUUUCUCCUUUAACUUUUCACCGCCUCCAACAGCAUCUUCCAUUUUUUUAUUCUACCUCAAAAGUAGUUAAUUAUUAAAUCAAAUAUAAAAUAAAACAUUAUUCAUAUCAAGAGAGAGAGAGAGAGAGAGAGAGAGAGAGAGAGAGAGAGAGAGAGAAAGAGAGAGAGAGAGAGAGAGAGAGAGAGAGAGAGAGAGAGAGAGAAAGAAAGAGAUCCCAUCUUGUUGCAUAUAUCAUGACUUCCUCUUGUUUAGGGUUGAAGCCAUAUAUAACUAACAAGCCUAACAUAUCUUCCCAUAUUCUCUAAGCCUAAGUUUUAUUUUCACUUAAUUUCAAACAUUAAAUUUUCAUCACAUAAUCACACUACUUAAGUACUCUUUUGUUAGUUUCUUAUUCUAAACUUGAAUCAAAGAAACAAACAUUAAUCUUAAGAUGCUAAAAAAGAUGGAUGAAGUAGAAAUCACAAAUGGUAAUAAUUUCCCUCAAAAUCCAACAACUAGUGCUUCUAAUAAUCCUCCUACUUUGAAGAGAAAAAGAAACCUCCCAGGAAAUCCAGAUCCUGAAGCAGAAGUUAUAGCUUUAUCACCAAAGACUCUUAUGGCUACAAACAGAUUCUUGUGUGAAACAUGUGGGAAAGGUUUUCAAAGAGAUCAAAACUUACAACUCCAUAGACGCGGACAUAAUCUUCCAUGGAAGCUUAAGCAGAGAACAAAUAAAGAAAUAAAGAAGAGAGUUUAUGUUUGUCCUGAGAAGAGUUGUGUUCAUCAUGAUCCUUCAAGGGCACUUGGUGACUUAACUGGGAUAAAAAAGCACUUUUGUAGAAAGCACGGUGAAAAGAAGUGGAAGUGUGAGAAGUGCUCAAAACGUUAUGCUGUUCAGUCAGAUUGGAAAGCUCAUUCAAAAACCUGUGGUACUAGAGAAUACAAAUGUGACUGUGGAACUAUCUUUUCAAGGAGAGACAGUUUCAUAACUCAUAGAGCCUUCUGUGAUGCAUUAGCAGAAGAAACAGCAAGAGUAAGUGCAGCAUCAGAAAUAAACAACUCAUUAUUAAGGGGUAACAUUGGUAAUUACAACAUAAUGGGAACAACAACAUCCUUAAUCCCUACCAACAUGAUGUCAAACCAUUUUUCAUCAAUUUUCAAACCAAUUGCAACUCCUCCUCCUGAUCAUCAUCAUCAUGAAUCAAUCAAUCAAACUAGAGGACUCUCCCUUUGGAUGAAUCAAAAUCAAACAUCUCAUGAAACAAUGGUCACCACCAAUGGAAAUUCUAAUUUGCAUGAGAUUCAUCAACAACAACAACAACAUGACACAUCAUCAAGAGGAUUAAUAUAUGAUAAUCCAAACUCAAAUAAUUAUCAGCUUAAUUGGGUUUUUGGUAAUAAAUUUUCCUCUAAUUGCAAUCAAGAAUUAAUUACUAGUACUACAACUUCACUUCCACUAGGAAACAUUAAUGUUAAUAUUAAGGAUGUUACAAGCCAACAAAUUUCUUCUCCAUUGUAUAGCUCACAACAUCAAAUACAAUCACAUCAAACAUCAUCAGCAAACAUGUCAGCAACAGCUUUGUUACAAAAAGCUGCUCAAAUUGGAUCAGCCUCAAGUGACACAUCAUUCCUUGGAAGUUUAGGUUUGAAAUGCAGUAAUAAUAAUAACAUUGGUGGUAAUUCUGGUAUGCAUGGUACAACAAGUUCAUUACUCAUUAGUCUUGCCAAUGAGGAAGAUCAUAACACUGCAUGUGAUUUUACACAAAUGCAACCUUCUAAACGUAGACAUGUGCAAAGUGAUGAGAAUGGUGGAGGGCAUACUAGGGAUUUUCUUGGUGUUGGUGUGCAAACCAUUUGUCACCCUUCAUCAAUCAAUGGAUGGAUUUGAUUUUACCAUCAUUAUCAUGUAUAUAUAUCUACUUAUGAAUUAUGAUCCUCUUUUCUUCUUUUUUUUUUUAUCUUCAAAUUCAUAUUAUCUACAAUCAUGUUCUUGCAUUCACGCAUUCAGGAUAUGACCUAUGACCGACCAAUAUUUACUUA